UUAUCAUCCUCAUUCAAAUAGUCAAACAUGGCAUCCUCGCUUGCUUCUCAGCUUGCGCAGGUACGUUCUCAUAAUGCCGGUCGAUUGGCAGGCGGAAAAGCAGCUCAAAGAGUGCAGGCAAAAUCUUACCUCUUUCCUGCUUCAGUAGCCUCUUCGCAAGAUUAUCAAACUUUACAUGGUUUAGCUUUGAAUGGUUGGGAUGAAUUAUCAGCAGAAGAUGCAUCUUUUAACAAAUGGAACGAUGCAACAGGUGCGGCGGAUCUUCUAUUUGGAGACGAUAGUAAAGAUCUGGACAGAUUAACAAAGACAAAAGAGGAAAAUGCAGGUAUCGAUGACGCUAUCUCCGAUCUUCUUUAUCUCAUCGGAGACCGACUUUUGGACAGAAGUGCUGGAAAGUGCAUCGAAUGGCUAAUAAGAAGAUUUCGUGCUCAUGAAUACAAUGUGGAAACACUCUUGAGUGCAUUCAUCCCCUUUCACGAAUCGGCAGAAUUUGCACGCAUGCUCGGCAUUCUAGAACUGAAGGACAAGCCGCAUUUCGCCUUUUUACUUCCUAUUCAAAAGCAAGCAGUCCCUCUACCUUCUUCAGUACUAUUGUCCGCCUUGUUGGCUCCUCCUUCUACUACAUCCAGUUCGGUCACAUUACGUUGGGUCAUGGGGCUCGUUCAACGUAAGCCUGCUUCUUCACGAUUGCACUCCUUUCAACGCCAUAGGCAUACCGUUCUGUCUUUUUGGCUUUCUACAAUCGUAAAACUAUGCUCUUUAUGGUCUGGAUCAGAUGACAUGCAACUUCGAAUGGGAUUGACUAGAAACUUGAACAAGAGGGUGGAAUCGCGUGAUGAUGAUGCACAACUUUUGCUCACAAUUCUAUUGCCUGCCGUAUUGGAAUUUACCUCAAGCACAGACGUUGAGAAGGAGGCUAGCAUCUAUGGUUCAAUGGCAAUCUGUGCAAUUGCAAACGCAUUCAGUCUCAGCUUUGAAGCCGGUUCACGAAUCAUUUCCAGCUUGGCUUCCACUUCGAUUAAAAAGGCAAAGGGAAGGACUGCAAUCUUGGUCGCAAUUGCAUGCGUUGUACAACAAGUCACAAAAGAUCUUAUCUCAACACAUACAAAUGAUGAUUUGCGAACCGCUCCUAAACUCAUUCAACCAACCGUUGCGCUAAAGCUUUCCCAUCUACUUCUGGCCGAUCUCUCGUUUACGAAUGAGGCAGCAUCAUAUGAUCUCGACCCUUUCUUCUUACAGCUUUUGUUCGGUCUAACAGACGCUGCUGUGAAAGGACAAGAAGAAACACACAUUCAAGGUGCCAUGGAAGCUAUACUCGGUGGCCAAAAGGCAAUCGGAGACAGAUCAGCAGUCAGGGCGGUCAGCUAUAUGUUGGAACAAUGCCAAGAGAAAAAGGUAUCAGCACUUAUCGAAGUGAUUUCACGUAUUCGUCAAAGGCACCCUCGUUUGAUCGAAGGAGCUUUCAAAAAUGCAACAAAGGACAUAUCCAACGAAAAGCGUGCAAAGCUGGAUUCGUUAAUGGGUGCAAUCCUUGCUCAAGCAGCAGGCGCAACAGCUGAAGGAACGAUGGAGGAAAAGGAAGAUGCGAUCGUUUGGUUGGGCAUGCAAGACGCCGAUCCUACUAGCCGAUUAACAUCUCUGCGAACGCUUCUGAGAAAUGUUCAAGCAGGAAAGGCUGUCGCAAAAGACAAAUUCGUUCAGGAUUCGCUAGCUUCGAUGCUCUCUGAUGAUAAUGCAGAUAUCGUUGGCGCUCUCUAUGCUGAACAUGAACUCUUGUUGCAAAGUCUCGGUGUAAACGGAAUCGUAGAGGAAGUUCAAAAAGCUCUUCAUCAUACGGAUGGAGAUGCAAAAUUCUCCAGAAGUGUUACAUUAUUGCAUAUCCGCUUCUUAGCCGAAAAGUUGAUUGGAGAAAGCCUCGCAAGCGAAGAUGAACAAUGGGACAUCUGGUUCAAUAUACUCUGGCCAAAAUUACUUCUUUUCAAAAAGAGUCGCAAAAGUGGUCAAGCAUACUAUGCGGCAUUAGCAGAAGCUUUCUCAGGCAAAACCUUAAAGAAUCUCAACGUGAUCGCUUCCCGCAUAAAGGAGGUGAGCGACUCUGUCUUGCCUCACAUUAAUGACGAGAAUUUGGCCAAAGCGAAUGAAAGCUUGGUGGACAAUCUUGCAAGACACAUGGCAACGUCAGAAGAGGCGGAUUGUGAAUUUCUCAUCACAGUGGCACUGCCUUCACGAGGUGAUACAUCAUCAUCGCCUUUGUCCAGCCGACUCUUGGCUUUGUUGACAUUAGGCUCUUUGCUGAGAAACUUGCAAGCCGAGAAAUGCGAACGUGUCUGCACAAAGAUUGUAGCACGAUUGCAAGCGCAAGACGGAUCUUACGGUCGUUUAGAGGACUACGAAGAGCAGACGGUGUACGAAGCUAUCUACAGCAAGCCUGCAUCAGAAAGAACUUUGGGUAAAGUGUACAUUAAUCUAUUCUUGGAGCUAGCAAAGCAUACUCCGAUUGUGGAAACACACUUUUUGGACUCGACAAGUUCUGGUGCAACAGUCUCGAGACUUUUUGCCAUCAUUAUCACGCACUUGACUUCUGAAUUGCGAUUGGUAAAUUUGAUUAUUGAAUCACUUUUACCUCGUAUGCAUGAUCGUGCAUUGGCGUUCCUUGCUUCGAUCUGGACAGCAUCACAAGACGAUCAGCUAUACCACAAUGCCGAAGUGCGACUUAUGUCUCUUAAAUAUGCGCACGCCUUCUUGAAUGCGCAUGCUCGAAGCUCGAAUUUGUCAGAUUAUCAGACCAUAGUCCCAGCGUUCAUGGUUGCACUUCAUGAUGGAGAAAAGACUAUUAGGGUGGAAUGCCUCUCUUCGUUACAGACAUUACAAGCUAUAGCAACAAGCAUUGAUCCAAAGGCGAACGGAUCAGAGACGGAAACCAUCUACGGUUACGAUGUCAUUUAUGGUCCUCAAACGGCAGUCUCGCUUUCUUAUCUUGAUCUUCAAGACGUACGAGAGUUCUUACAAGGUAUCGUUCAAGCUCGUCAAUCAUUUGUCAAUGAUUCCGAAUAUUUGGCGCCUUGGAUGAAUCAUCAUUUGACGGUGAACGUGAAGGAGGAUGGAAAGAAAGUCGUUGCACAUAAAGGAGCUAUUAUCCACUACCUUUCUACUCAUAUACUCUGCUGGGACAAUCUCCGCUCGCGUUUAUUCCUGUUGGAGAGCUUAUCCGGUGUCAGUCAUGAGCGUAAACUAUUGACCCUGCAGCCGCUCCUCGAGAAAAGUCUGCAUGAUCCAGCAUCUUCAUCUGCUUUACAGAAACAAUUGCUCGGUCUUUAUGACAAGAGCGUCAAAUCCAUGAUCAAAUCAGACUCGCAAGGUGUUUGGACUUUGUUCAAAUUUGCCAUCGAAGGUGCAUCAAGACAAGCUCAGAUUUGUGCUGCUUCGGCUCUACAGUCUCAAGUCUUUUCAAUCUUGCCUCGCGAGAAGCAAAGAGAGAUCACGUUGUUCCUCGCUAAUCUGAUUGCGAAUUCUGCAGUAGCAAUGCCAAGAGAGAUUCGCACUUGCUUAUACACUCUACCCGUGCAACCCGACAUGAUCGCAUCGAUCUUCUCUGAACUUCGCAAAACUAUCACGGAAGCACUUUUGUCUCGCGGCCAGCCUGCCAAUAAGCGUAAUCGCAUUGAUGCUGGCGAACAACAGGAAGGUCCCGGAAUUGCAUCGCUUUCUACUUUGACUGAACUUUUGGAAGCUACUCUAUCCCGCAAGCCUGAAGCAAGUACGCAAUUAGUCGCAGAAUUGUUCGAAUGCGCUCGAUUGGGCACAGAAUUGCACUUGGCCAACAUCAGCACGAGUGCGGAACAUGUGAUGCAAGUAGCGAUGAGCAACCUGACUAUCUUGUGUGGAUCGAUGGAUGCAAAUUUGACCGCUGAAGUACUCGAUCCAUUACGAAUCGAUCUUUUGAUUAACGUAGUCAAGACACCUUGUCGUCCGUACACUUUCCAGCAAGCUUUGGACCUCUUGGCCUUAAUCGGAAGAGUAUCACCCGAUUUAUUGGUGCAUCAUUCUAUGCCCAUCUUUACAUUUGUGGGAAGCACUAUGCUUCAACGUGAUGACGAGCACAGUUUCACUGUGAUUGAGCGCACAUUACAAAGUAUUCUACCACCAGUCGUCGCAGAUAUUCAACGGAAACAAUCGCAGGGAUCACAAAAGAAGAAUGGUCUGACGGGAAGAGAUGCAUCUUUAUCACUUUUACAAGCUGCACGUCCUCUUCUCUGCGUCUUCACCGAUGCUGCUACGCACGUUCCCAGACAUCGCCGACAAAACUUCUUCCAUCUGUUGGCUAGCGUAAUGGGAAUGGACGAUUUCCUUUCGCCUGUGUGUCUCUUGUUGGUCGAUCGACAAGCGUACAAGGUAGCAAAACAGAUGACGGAUGAUGAGGCAGCCUCUGCUUUGCAAUUACCUUUAUCACUGUUCGAACGUGCUCAAGAUGCAAAGAAUAGAAAGCAAGCAGCAAUUGACAUUCAAUUCUCAGUCUUGGCCGAAGUAUGGAAUGAAGCUAUGCGUACAUGGCAACAUCGAUCUAUGGACCCGAUUGAAAUGCAAGAGCAUGUCUUCUUGGAUUGCGUCCGUCACAUCGAUACUGAACAUGAAGGACGAAAGACCGAUCCGAUCAAGCGGAUCAUUGCUCUGCUUCGUUUCAGCAAAUUUGCCGUUUUCGAUAAUCGUAGUACAUUUGAAGAAGAACGUGAAGUAGAAGAUGAAGACGAUCGCAAGAAGCGUGACUCAAUCCUGCACAACAUUAUCCAAAAUGCGAUCCUCUUGACCCGUGUUGAUAACGUUGCUGUAGCCUCAGCAUCACAAGAAGCACUGGACGAAGUGAUGACAAUUGUUUCAGUUUCUACAUUGAAGCACGUUGUCAACUCUUUGGUACACAGUAAAGACGCCUUGUCCAAGCGCAGUGGAUUGCAAAUCUUUGCUAAUGCCAUGGGGGCAAUGAUGAAGACUGAGCGCAGACAAGCAUCCGACUUCACUCCAAGUGUAAUACAAGUCUGCUCUGGCCUGUUUGAAAGCUCUGUUGAAGACCAAGUAAUUGCUUUAGAUACGCUAUUGGCCGUUUGCGAGCAACCAGAAUCAAAGGAACAUUCAGCCUUAUCGGAAACCCUCUCAAGAAUUGGCAAAUUAUCCUUGCAAUCAGCACGACAAGGUAAUUCCUUGGUAAGUGAACGUGCUUUGGAUGUUUUGCGCAAGAUGGGCGAAACACUUGGACCUCGUUUGAUUCCCAAAUUGGCAGAAUUGGUACAAUUAUGCAAAAGCCUCAUCAAACGUGAUGGCUUGCCUACGAAUGAAGAUGCAAAACAUCAACAAGAAGGUGCGCUGUCGGUCUUUGUUGCAUUGUUGAGAUCAGUACCAACUUUCAUGUCUUCGCAUUUGUCGGGUAUUUUUAACUUGUUGAUCGAAACGCCAAUCGUUGCAAAAUCAAGCGGAGCAAAGAAGGUCUUGGCGAACAUUGUGAAAUUCAUCGAUGCUGGUGAAGUAUUACAAGCAACUUUUGAUGUUCAUAAUGCAGCGUUGGCCAAGGCAGGCUCAGAGGAUUUGACUGAUGUGCACAUGUUUGCUCUUGAUGUUGUUCAAUUAUGCACACGUUCUAUGGACAAACGCAAGACGACGAGCCACUACAAAGCCAUUUUCCGCUUCUUGCUCGAAUGCUUUGAUGUGCGUCGCAAGCGUAUGCUAGGAGAAAAGCAAUGGACGAAGCUUUCGGAUGAAGCUUUGGCUACGAUUGAAGGCAAAACGGUUGGCGUUUUCGUACGAUUGGUAUUCCGAUUGAAUGAAACAACAUUCAGACCGCUCUUUUUACGCUUGUGCGAUUGGGCAUUGGUUGAUCUAGCGGAAGAUGAGAAUGAAGGCGAUAAUAUUGGAGAGCAAGUGUAUGCCCGUCAAACAGUUCUUUACAAAGCAUUGAACGCACUUUUGGAAGAAUUGGGCGAAUUGAUUUCACACUACUAUGUCAAUGUGUUGGAUGCAACGAUUGAAACACUGAACAAUGGCAAAGUACUCCCCGAAUCUCUUUGGGAGCCCAUGUUGACCAGUGUCAAGCUCAGCUCAAAGGCUGAUAAGGGCACAUUCUGGAAUCAAAUGCGUGUGGAUAAGAUGUUGACCGCUUUAAUUGCUCAAUUGCGUAUUCAAGGAUCUCCUGCACUUUCUUCUUCAGCGAUGGAACGUUUGUUAGCCGAUACGGUUUGUUCCUUGUGUGCAACUGUGUCUGAUGAAAAUUGCAUCAAGACAGCAAAUUCGUCCUUGUUGGAAGUAGCAAGACAAUUGACCACGCCUUCGAUCUAUUCCAAUGAUCGAUCAUCCAAUCAAGUUCAACAACAAUCACGUUUAGCUUCUAUUCGAAUCUUGGACCGUGUCUGGAGAACGAAAGGAUGCGAAGAUGGAUUAUUGACUUUGGUACCUGAGACGGUUCCAAGUAUUGCAGAAUUAUUGCAAGAGAGCGAUGAAGAUAUGCAACAGGUGAUGAACGGACUCGUUUCUGCUAUUGAAGAAAUCUUAGGAGAAGGUUUGGAUGCCUAUCUUCAAUAAAGAGAAACAUGAAAAUCUCAAUUGUACUUUUAUUUUUGCAUGAAGAAUUGAUUGGUUGUAG